UUGCUAUCUCCGUGUGAAAGGCGACAAAGCUGAAAAAACAACAGAUCCGACAAUGCCUAAGCAAAUCCACGAGAUCAAGGACUUCCUUUUGACAGCGAGAAGGAAGGAUGCACGAUCUGUGAAGAUUAAGAGAAGCAAAGACAUUGUCAAGUUCAAGGUCAGAUGCUCCAAGUACCUCUACACUCUCUGCGUCUUUGACCAAGAGAAAGCCGACAAGCUUAAGCAGUCUCUUCCUCCAGGUUUGAGCGUACAAGACCUUUGAAGAUGAUGAAGCUCGUUGUUGUGAUCAAUCCAUCUCAGAAUAUGUUUUUGUUUAGUUAAACUAUUGUUCAAACUCUUUCCGAGUAAUUGAGUAUGUUUUUGGAUGAUUUUUAUCUUAUUUUUGUUCUGGAUUCAGAAGAACUAGUUGGAUAUUAGUUCUGUACCU